UCUGAUUGAGUACCUUUUCAUUCUUGGGCACUCAGCAACAGUCUCUGACUAUCUCACACACACACACUUACUCACACACCCUCUGGAAGGAAUCCUGCAGUUUGCGGCUGCAGUGCUCUGGAUAUGCCGGACCAUCUGCUUUGAGUGUCCCCUCAAUCGGAUCACGAGGACGAGGGGUUUGCAUGUGGAUACGGAUCCAAAGACUCAAGCAACUGUCAUAGACGGAGCUGGAAACGCGAGGAGGAAAACGACAGUCUCGUCCCCAAGAGGACCAAGACUUGCCCACGCGGAAAGGACAAGAAACGGACAGGCUCCAGCAGACAUUCAGCCAUGCAUGGCUCCACCCUUAUAUUCAUCCUCAUUGGGGUGCUCCUGUACUUAAUUAUGGGGGCUCUGGUGUUCAAUGCCCUGGAGGCUCCAAAUGAGGAAGUCCAUCAUGUCGAGCUGCAAGCCGCCCGUCAGGAGUUCUUGGGCAGCUACACAUGUGUAAACCCUGAGAAUCUAUCGUAUCUGAUAGAUAAGGUGGUAGAGGCUAUCAGUGUUGGAGUUGACCCCAACAGCAAUGCCACAUUCAGUACCAGUUGGGACCUGGCCAGCGCUUUCUUCUUCUGUGGCACCAUUAUCACCACAAUCGGUUAUGGAAACAUCUCUCCAAAGACACCGUGGGGUCAGUUCUUCUGUAUCUGUUAUACAGUGGUGGGCAUUCCCUUGUUUGGAUUUCUGUUGGGUGCCGUAGGAGACCGUCUGGGGACGUCACUGAGGAACGCCACUGCUAAAGUUGAAGCUCUUUUAUGGAAGUGGAAGGUGAGCCCAACCAUCGUGCGUGUCAUCACCGCUGUGCUGUCCAUCCUGCUGGGCUGUGUUCUGUUCAUCUUUGUGCCAAUUUUAGUCUUCCAGAAGGUUGAAGAUUGGUCUUUGCUAGAAUCCGCCUACUUUGUGGUCAUCACCCUCACAACAGUGGGCUUUGGAGACUAUGUUGCAGGUGAUAGCGGUGAUGCAGGUCAAGAUCAUUGGUACAAGCCUCUGGUGUGGUUCUGGGUUUUGUUUGGAUUGGCCUACUUUGUGUCCAUUCUUUCCAUGAUUGGGAACUGGAUCCUGGUUCUUAUCAAAAAAACCCGAGCUGAGAUGGAGGGGUUGAGAGCACAUGCCUCAGACUUUACUCAGAACAUCCAGAACAUGUCUGUGGAUUUCCACAUGUCUGGAAAAUUUGAAGAUCCUUUCAAGCGCACCAGGCGAAAGCGGCGUCACAGGCGCCACAGACACAAUGGCAGUCAGGGUAGAACCGGAGAGGACGGAAAAGAGGAGAAUGAAUCCGAAUCUGGCUCCUACUCAGGUUCAUCAGAUGAGUCGGAAAGCAGCUCUGAGGUGACCCAGACAGAACGUGUCCCAGAGGGAGGGGGUAGUGACAAGGGCAAAGAUUUAGAGAAAGAGGAAAAACUCCACACCAUGCCCAAAGAUCCCAUCCUCUCUCAGCCCUUGGAUUACUUUGGGGAAAAUCUUGCAUACAUCGACGAGUCUUCAGAUGCAGUGAGUGGGAAGAUUCACCUGGACCCCCUGCUGGAUGUACCAGAAUCGAACCCAGCUUCUACAGACAGGCCCAAAAGGAGACGUCAAAGAAGACACUUGAGAAGGGAUCAACAGAAACCCAAGACCCCCAAAACCAGUCCAAACGAACCAGAGAAUAAAGCGCCAAAUGGAGACAUUAGGCAGAAAGAUCCACCUACGCCAAAGCUGUGAGUGUCAGGGUGUUCAUGGGGUUUGUCGCUCCUCAGAAAAGCCUCUUUGGAAUAUAGUUUUGCAACUUUGCUAGCUUUAGGAUAUGCUGUGCUCCACUGGGAAGGCACCUGGCAUUAUUCUCAGAUUUUACUGGGACGAAAUAAGAAACUAUCCAUGUGCCUAAAAUGAAAGGGGGUUGCGGGAGAAGAAUCAGGUGUGGUCAAAUCUGGGACCCCUCAGCAUGAGUGAGAACUUUUAUUGGGUAAUCACUCAGAUAGCGGCCUGAUGUGCAGGAAGGCCACGGUGAUCAGACACUUAGUGCCAUCUACUGGACGUUCACUGUACAUGACUGGCUCACUUGUUUAUGGAUACACUGACCAUCAAUGAAUGAUUCAUUCUGUGUCUUUCGCUUCUUUCCUAACGUCAAAAUAAUAAAGGAAUGACACCUUGAUACUAAUGUUACUAAUCCAACACAACUGAUGUUUACUGCUUGAGUUCAUCAAACUCCUGCUCCUGCUUCAAGUAAAAAAAGAGGUACUGGUAAUUGCGUCUUGCGUCUACGAUUUUACGCCUCACAGUUGUAAUUUCACUUUUAGUAAUUGUUACUUUCUCUCAUGAUUUCUCAUUCUUGCAAAUUUAUAUAUAGCA